AUGGUCUACAAGGGAAUACUUAAGGAUGGUACUCUUUUUGCAGCAAAGGUAUUCAAUGCACAAAUGGAGGGCUCAUUCAAAAGUUUUGAUACAGAAUGUGAAAUGUUACGCAAACUACGCCAUCGAAAUCUUGCUAAAGGCAUCACUAGUUGCUCUACCAUUGAUUUCAAAGCCCUAGUAUUGGAAUACAUGUCGAAUGGGACACUUGAAAAAUGGCUAUACAGUCAUUACUCUUUCUUAGUCAUGUUGCAGAGAUUAGAUAUAAUGAUAGAUGUUGCAUCAGAAAUGGACUAUCUCCACAAUGGAUAUUCAAGACCUGUGGUGCACAGUGACAUAAAACCAAGCAACGUCUUUGGUAGACCUCAAAAAAUUUCACAUUGA